GACACGCCCACAAGAAGUUAACUCAAGCGGCACUGAAGUCACGUGACUGUCGCACGUUCCCCGCGCGUGCACAAAUGAACGAUAAUUGUGUCGUCUGCUCGCACAUCGACAACAUUUUUGACAAGCUGGCUGCGACAGCCAUCGGCGGUCGCAUCUCUUCGAUUAUCGAAAAUAAACAGUUGGUGAGAAGGAGGGAACCAGAUCACCAUGACAAUCCUGCGCUUUCUCUACAAUACCAGAAACACAUCCAGCUUGAAGAAGUGGAAACACUACAGUCAUCUAUGCAUCCGUUCAGCAUCGGCAGUUAGUAGCAGUGUGCACUCCCACAAACAGUCUCGUCGAGCUCAACUUGUCUUGCAGAAUGGUAAAUCAUUUCCUGGGUACUCCUUUGGUUAUGAAGGCCCAACUGCUGGAGAAGUGGUUUUCAACACUGGCUUGGUUGGAUACCCAGAGGCUCUCACAGAUCCUAGUUACAGAGGGCAAAUUCUGAACUUCACUUAUCCCAUCAUUGGUAGUUAUGGAGUCCCUGACACAACAGCAGUUGAUGAGUAUGGUCUUCUUCGCUAUGUGGAGUCUGACAAAAUACAGGUUGCAGGUUUGCUAGUGCAGGACUAUUGUGCAGAACCCAGCCAUUGGAACUCCGUCAAGUCCCUUUCCCAGUGGCUUAAAGAAGACAAAGUCCCUGCCUUGUAUGGCAUUGACACACGCAUGAUAACCAAGAUGGUUCGUGAUCAGGGCACUGUGCUUGGGAAGAUUGAGUUUGAUGAUCACAUAGAGUUUGAUGAUCCCAACGUGCGGAACCUUAUGGCUGAGGUUUCUACAAAGGAGGUCAAGUACUAUGGCAAAGGAAACAAACAUUGUGUAGUUGUGGUGGACUGUGGUGUAAAGCACAAUAUGAUUCGUAACCUUGUCAAGAGAGGUUUGGAGGUGAAGCUGGUUCCAUGGGAUUAUGACUUUACAAAGGACACAUACAAUGGACUUUUCAUCUCCAAUGGACCAGGUGACCCAGCACUGGCUCAGAUCACAGUGAAGCACAUUAAAGAGGUGAUAGAGAAUCGCAAUGAGCCUGUGUUUGGUAUUUGCAUGGGAAAUCAGUUGACAGCUCUGGCUGCUGGUGCUCAGUCUUACAAAUUACCUCUAGGAAACAGGGGACACAAUCAGCCAGUGCUAAACAUGGAGAAUGGACAGGCCUUCAUCACUUCACAGAAUCAUGGUUUUGCCAUCAACAACGACACCCUCCCUCCUGAUUGGAAAGUUCUGUUUGUCAAUGCCAACGAUGGCACAAAUGAGGGUAUAAUGCACAAGAACAAGCCAAUAUUCACAGCCCAGUUUCAUCCUGAAGCUUGGGGAGGACCUACAGACACACAGUUCCUGUUUGACUAUUUUCGAGAUCUGAUCACCAGCAAAAGCAGUAAUGUAACCCUUGUCAUGGGUGCCAAAGCAAAACCUGUUGAACAUGUCAAGGUUUCUAAAGUUCUUGUCUUGGGGAGUGGUGGACUGUCCAUUGGACAGGCUGGCGAAUUUGACUACAGUGGCUCCCAGGCUAUCAAAGCUUUAAAGGAAGAAAGCAUAAAAGUGGUGCUGAUGAACCCCAAUAUAGCAUCUGUACAGACCAAUGCAGAGGGGGAGAAGCAGGCCGACGUCGUCUACUUCCUGCCCAUCACAGCAGAGUAUGUGAAGAAGGUCAUUGAGCGGGAGCAGCCUGAUGGCAUCCUCUUGUCAAUGGGCGGGCAAACAGCUCUUAACUGUGGUCUGGAACUCUACCACGAGGGUGUGCUGCAGAAGCAUGGUGUGAGGGUUCUGGGAACACCUAUCAACAGCAUUGAAGCCACUGAGGACAGACAGAUCUUUGCUGACCAGCUGAAAGAAAUUGGUGAAAAGCUAGCGCCAAGCAUUGCGGUAGAGACAACUGCAAAAGCCAUUGAGGCAGCUGAGAAGAUUGGAUAUCCUGUAAUGAUUCGAGCUGCCUUUGCUCUUGGUGGCCUUGGAUCAGGUGUGGCCCACAAUCAAUCAGAACUAAUCACCAUUGCAAACAAGGCAUUUGCAGUAACCAAUCAGAUUCUGGUGGAGAAGUCUCUGCUGGGGUGGAAGGAAGUGGAGUAUGAGGUGGUGCGAGAUGCCUACGACAACUGCAUUACUGUUUGCAAUAUGGAGAACCUUGAUCCUCUGGGUGUUCACACAGGAGACUCUAUUGUGGUGGCCCCCAGCCAGACUUUGUCUAAUGAAGAAUAUCACAUGCUCCGAGAGACUGCUUUAAAGGUGGUGCGCCAUUUUGGCAUUGUGGGAGAAUGCAACAUCCAGUAUGCCCUGCAUCCACAGUCUCUGGAGUACUGCAUCAUUGAGAUCAAUGCUCGACUCUCACGCAGUUCUGCUCUUGCUUCAAAAGCCACAGGAUAUCCCCUAGCAUUCAUCGCAGCCAAACUGUCCUUGGGUUUUGCUCUGCCUGAGCUACAAAACAGCACAACACAGAUGACCACUGCCUGCUUUGAACCCAGCCUGGACUACAUUGUGACUAAAAUUCCACGCUGGGAUCUUGACAGAUUCCAAAACAUCAACAAAGACAUUGGCAGCGCCAUGAAGAGUGUAGGAGAGGUGAUGGCCAUAGGUCGAACAUUUGAAGAGAGUUUGCAAAAAGCCUUGCGCAUGACACACCCCACCGUAGCUGGAUUCACCUCUAAACUGCCAGCAGGCAAAGAUCAUCCUGAAGGGUUCAGUAUUGAUGAUAACCUGCGAAUUCCAAAUAACUCUCGAAUCCACACCAUAGCAAAGGCCUUGCAAGCAGGUUAUACUGUGGAGGAUGUCUGGCAGCUAACACAGAUUGACCGGUGGUUUCUGCACAAGCUGCUAAGGGUGGUUAACAUGGAAUCCUACCUCAAACAGCUGACUAAGGAACGAGUUGACAAAGAUGUGUUAGUGAAAAUGAAGCAGAUGGGGUUCUCUGACCAACAGAUUGGAUCUUUACUCAGCAUAACUCCUGCAGAAGCACGUGAGAUGCGUCUGCUUUGGGAUAUUCGGCCGUGGGUCAAGCAGAUUGACACCAUGGCAGCUGAGUAUCCUGCUCGCACUAACUACUUGUACUGCACCUACAAUGGCUUGGAACAUGAUGUUGACUUCACUGAGAAGGGCAUUUUAGUAAUGGGUUGUGGACCCUAUCACAUUGGCAGCAGUGUGGAGUUUGAUUGGUGUGCGGUUUCUUGCAUCCGAACCUUGAAGGAGCUGGGAAAGAAGACGGUUGUGAUCAACCAUAACCCCGAGACAGUAAGCACUGACUUUGAUGAAUGUAACCGCCUCUAUUUUGAGGAGUUGUCCUUGGAACGUGUUCUGGAUAUCCAGCAGAUUGAGGAUUGUGAGGGUGCCAUUGUGUCAGUUGGAGGCCAGAUCCCCAAUAACCUGGCUUUGCCACUGCAUCAGUUUAAUGUCCCUAUUCUGGGCACCAGUCCUGUGAUGAUUGAUAAUGCAGAAAAUCGCUCUGUGUUCUCUGCCAUCUGUGAUCAGCUGGGAAUUAAACAGCCAGAAUGGCGGGCUGUUAGCACUAUGGAUGAGGCUCUGGAUUUCGCAUCCAGUGUUGGCUACCCAUGCCUGCUUCGACCAUCAUACAUCCUGAGUGGAUCAGCAAUGAAUGUGGCAUGGUCACCAGAGGAGCUACAGCAGUACUUGCAGCAAGCCACCCAGGUGUCGAGCACCUACCCUGUUGUUAUUACCAAAUUUUACACAGGGGCACGUGAGGUUGAGAUGGAUGGUGUGGCAAGAAAAGGAGAGGUAGUCUGCCAUGCCAUGUGUGAGCAUGUGGAAAAUGCUGGUGUCCACAGUGGAGAUGCCACACACAUGCUGCCAACACAGACCAUCACAGAGGAAGCCUUGAAUCUGAUUAAAGAGGCCACACGUUGCAUUGCGGCAAAAUUUGAGAUCACUGGGCCCUUUAACAUUCAGUUCCUGGUCAAGGACACUGAUGUCCAGGUCAUUGAAUUGAACCUGAGAGCAUCUCGAUCGUGCCCAUUUGUCUCCAAAACAAUUGGAGUUGAUUUCAUUGCCACAGCCACCAAAGUCAUGUUGGGUUUCCCUGUAAACACCGAUGAGUUGCCAACGCUGGAUAAUCCAAGAAACCCAACAAACUAUGUUGGCAUCAAGGCUCCCAUGUUUUCAUGGCCCAGACUGCGUGAUGCUGACCCAAUCCUCAAGUGUGAAAUGGCUUCUACAGGGGAAGUGGCAUGCUUUGGAAGAACCAAAUACACGGCUUUUCUUAAAGCAUUGAUGUCUGCAGGUUUCAAACUUCCAAAGCCAGGUGGUAACAUCCUUGUUGGGGUGGAGAGUUCAUUCCUACCCCAUUUCUUGCCCUUGGCAAAACGCCUGCACACUCUGGGCUACAAAAUCUAUGCAACAGAAAAGACAGCAGAAUAUCUGAACAAGCAUUACAUCCAGGCACAAGUUGUCAGUUGGCCAUUAGCUAAGAAUAUCAGUCAACAUCCUACAGCAACCAAACUGAUUGAGGAUCAUGCAAUUGACCUUGUUGUCAACUUACCUAACCAAAAAACAAAAUACAUUCGAGACAAUUAUUUGAUAAGGCGAUCAGCAAUUGACUCUGCUGUCCCACUUUUGACAAAUUUUGAGGUACUUAAACUGUUUGUUGAAGCUCUUGACUACACAGGCAACAUCGAGACAACCAGCCUUUUUGACUACCGCUUGCCUCAAGCCAAUAGUCAGUCAUCUGCAAGACAAGCCAGUUCAUAGCUUCAGGUUCAAACACAUGCAUUUCUGAAAUAUUUUUUAACAGAACAUUUACAUUAUUGUUGUUUAUAUUUAUAAUCAUCUCUCAUCAAAUAUAAAGGUGUUUUUUUAUUUGCUUGACACUUUUUCUUUUCUUUACUGCCAUUGUAGUUUUAAUGUUGUCUAGUCAGUUUGAGCUCUCAACGACAGCAUUUUUGCAUCUGUUUCUUGGAUCUCAGUAUGCUCCCUGACUGGUCCGUCAGAACUUUUUGAAUGUACUCUUAUAGAGCUGGUUGAAUGGUUGAACAUUAGUUUUUGAUGGUUCUCUUUUCAUGAGGGAUGGAAAGAUUGUACAAGUUUUUUUGAAUUAAGUACUUUUUCCAUUAUAAAAUAAUGUAAAUUUCUUGAGUAAAAAUGUUUUAUGGUUGCCACAUUCAUCACAUGAGGAAUAUUUUUGUUUUGGCAAUUAGAUUUGCAAGAAUUUACAAAAACUUUAAAAGAAGUGUGAAAAUGCUAAAUGCAUUAUUGUGUAGUAUUUUGCAUCUUACACUGUUUUGUGUUUUUUGCAAGCUGUUUGCCAUUUUCAUGUGCUGCAUGUUUAAACACUGUUGUUACCCAUGAGUUUGAUGAAGCAGUCUAACUUAGAACUCUGGCCAGUAUGUGAUGGUUAGAUUGUGAGAUGUUUUGUAUGAUCUGAUUAUUGACAACUUUUUUUCUCUGGAUAAUAGACGAUGGAAUGUUUGCUAACAACUAAAGAAUACAAGAUACAAUGUGGGUCUUAAGUUACACUUCUUUGCCUGUUUGGUGGUACUAUUCUGGGGAAGAAUCUGUAACAUUAAUUUCUAACAUGCCUGUUUUUAUGCGCAUUAUGCAUUAAAAAAAAAAGCUCUUUA